GUAAUCAAUUGUUCCAUUAUCCUAACUGUUACUUUCAUCAAGAUUUCACCAUAUUCUUGAUUUCAAGAUUUCUCCAAGAUGGUGAUUCCCAAGUUUGAAACUGUGUUUGAAAUCCUACGCCCAACUGGUUGCAUCAUCAAGUUUCUUGCUGUUUAUGAUCAACCCAAUGCCUUCAUCCAAUUCAACACACUGAGCAGUCGCUAUAAUCAUCCAGUUACACAAUGCAUGGAGAUUCCAGCUGCUAUGAAUCUCUUGCGGGAACAUAUCCAUCUUUUUGAUGGAAUCGCGAUCGAUAUUCGCUUGGCUGAACUUAAUGGAUACGAAUUUAUUCGAUUUGUUAAAGCGGAAAAUAUUGAUCGUGAACGUUCUGUUUGUGUGACAUAUGAUUGCAAUGAUGCUGCGGUUAUAGCAAAUUUAGAGAACCAUGUGAACAACAUUGUGGGUGGUAAGUGUUUUAUUACUUCUUUGGGUACCAACGAUGAGCCUGCGCCGCCAACAACGCCUCCAAGAAGUUGUCUUCGAGUAUCAAGAUCUUUGGGUACCACCAACGAUUUGCCUACGCCAUCAACAAGUCUUGUUCAAGCCAUGAACGAUGUUACGGCUUUCGCAGCAGCACCACCUAAUGUUUUGACUCAGAUUGGUGGUGCUUCUCAAACUCAACUUGAUAUUCCCCUUGAGAUGACUCGUGUACAAGUAGUUCCUGUUGAUUCAAUUCGUGUAACAACUACUAGUAGUAGGACUCUUGAACGUGACAAUGCCAAAGAUGAUAGUGUUUCAAGUUCAACUAAAAAAAAACAUAUAUAG